CAUCGUAACAUGACGAGUUUGUGUCGACUUGAUAACUUUUGUCCCUUCGCCUUCGCCGUAGAUUUACAUCACAUGACGGCGAGCGCUUCCUGAUUCUGUUGCAUUACACCGAGCCACAGUAAUGUAAUUUUUUUGGGAAAAACAUAAACGUUAACGUGUAAUUUGUAGAGUUAUCAGCAAUCUCACUUGAAGCAUACUUUACCGUCAGCCAUGUCAACGCAACAGGGGCCCUGCAUGGCUCACGGUGCGGCUUUCCAGAGCAAGCUAGCCUCCAUCAUGGACACGCUGGCCCAGGCGGCCGUGUUGGAGAUAGCCAAACUGUGGGAGGACGCUUUUGCUCUCGUCCACGCCGAGCUACGCAGGAGAGACCUGGAGGUGGAAGCCUUGGAGAGGAAGCUGCUGGAAAACCAGCGACAAGCUCCGAAUGUGUUGCCGUUUGGCUCCUCCAAGACCGAUCAGCAACACAAGCCGCCGCCCACUCCCACCACCGACGGUCCAGUUUAUGAGCCAGUCCAGUCGUCUUCGGAGCAGAGCGCUAAAGAAACGAUGGACACCUCCGCCAGUGAGAGAAUAGUAGUAUUACCCUCUCACUGUGAGGAGAACCCGAGCCUGAGGACCUCUGACAAAACCACUGAAGACCUCCCAGUCAAGCUGGAAGAUGAGGAUGACGUCAUGAUUGUGGAGCAGCUAUCGGACUGUGAACACAGCAGCAAUCAACCGGCAGACUCUUCAGAAGACCAGGAGAACAAUCAGUGGUCCUCAGUUUCUGUGGGAGAUAGCGACACCACAGAGGAGUCGGACUAUUUUCUGGCACCAAAUUCCCAGAAUCUGGACUCGGAAAUCCUGUUCAUUGAGAACGCGUUGGAUAUUCUUGAUGGUUCUUCCGAGGCGGCUUUCUCGGAAAGCUUGAUCAUGGGUGCCAGACAUGCUACAUCCAGUCAGAUCAGAGGUCCUGCGACUUUAAGACAAGCACACCUGGGUCAGGUCGAGGACAGAGAAGAGUCAAUCAGAGCUUUCAGUCCACACAACAGAAUCCUGGUCUUUAGCGACCCCAGGCUUCCCAAAAACGUAACCAGCGGCCGCGUCAAAGAAAAGUGGUUCAUCUGCCCGUUCUGCGGCAAAAGCUUUGAUCGAGUAAGCCACCUGGAGAUCCACCAGCGCAUCCACACGGGCGAGAAACCGUACACGUGCGACACCUGUGGCAAGUGUUUCUCCCAGAGGAGCAACCUGCGAACGCACCAACGCACGCACAAAGACGGGUUGGCCCAAAGUUCUGCUUGACCCCGACUCUCUUAGCGUUGUAGUUUAGCAUCACUUUGUACUCAUUACAUAGUACUUUUACUGGAACUGUGGCACAAGUUUUUUAGGACAAAGUAGCAGAGUGAAAGAGUGGUUCCUUUAUGGGUUCAUAGCCCGACUAGGCCUUUCUGUGUAGAUUUUAAAUUGCCUUGUGCUUGUGUGGGUUCCCCAAAAACACUUGCAUUGUGAACUAGUUUUCCACUGCGCUACUAUAACAACAAAUGAUCUGCUUUACACUGCUUAAAACAGAAAAAAAUGACAACAAUUUGAACAUACAGUAGUACCUCGGUUUUUGUUAUUCAUCCAUUGCAUAUGUCUGGAUUGCCUAUGCUUGUCCUAUGCUGGCGGAUGUCGAUAUCGGUAAUGGUAAUGUUUCCUGUUUCAAAAUCUAAAUACCGUAUUUUCCGGACUAUAAGUCGCACUUUUUUCCAUAGGUUGGCUGUUCCUGUGACUUAUAGUCGAGAGCGACUUAUAAAUGAAAAAACUGUUUACAGAAACACUGGACUCCUUUUCUGUUCAUGUCAAUUUGUUGUGUAGCUGAAUAAGCAUUGUGUUAGCAUAUCUUACACCUAUUCAGCCUGUUCUCUAUUCUUUUAUUGUUACAACUUGCCUUCCAAGGGGACGUAAUGUCUGUUUUGGUCAAGCAUUUUGUAAAAUAAAUUACCCACAAAAAAUGCGACUUAUACUCCAGUGCGACUUAUGUAUGUUUUAUUCUACCUAAUUAUGCAUUUUUGGCAUUGUGCGACUCCGGAGUGACUUAUAAAUGAUAAAACUGUUUGUUACAUAAACACUGUACACCUUUAAAUUAAAUUACCCGCAAAAAAUGCGACUUAUACUCCAGUGUGACUUAUGUAUGUUUUUUUUCUACCUAAUUUUGCAUUUCUGGCCUUGUGCGACUUAUACUCUGGAGUGAUUUAUAAAUGAAAAAACUGUUUGUUACAUAAACACUGGACACCUUUAAAUUAAAUUACCCGCAAAAAAAUGCAACUUAUACUCCAGUGUGACUCAUGUAUGGGUUUUUUCCUGCCUAAUUAUGCAUUUCUGGUCUUGUGUGACUUAUACUCCGGAGUGACUUAUAAAUGAAAAAACUGUUUGUUACAUAAUCACUGGACACCUUUAAAUUAAAUUACCCACAAAAAAUGCAACUUAUACUCCAGUGUGACUUAUGUAUGUUUUUUUUCUACCUAAUUUUGCAAUUCUGGCCUUGUGCGUCUUAUACUCUGGAGUGAUUUAUAAAUGAAAAAACUGUUUGUUACAUAAACAUUGGACACCAUUAAAUUACACGCAAAAAAAUGCAACUUAUACUCCAGUGCGACUUAUGUAUGUUUCUUUCUACCUAAUUAUGCAUUUCUGGCCUUGUGCGACUUAUACUCCGGAAUGAUUUAUAAAUGAAAAAACUGUUUAUGUUACAUAAAUGCUGGUCACCUUUUAAUUAAAUUACCCGCAAAAAAUGCUUAUACUCCAAUGUGACUUAUGUAUGUUUCUUUCUACCUAAUUAUGCAUUUCUGGCCUUGUGCGACUUAUACUCCGGAAAGAUUUAUAAAUGAAAAAACUGUUUAUGUUACAUAAACACUGGACACCUUUAAAUUAAAUUACCCACAAAAAAUGUGACCUAUACUCCAGUGUGACUUAUGUAUGUUUUUUUUUCUCUACCUAAUUAUGCAUUUCUGGCCUUGUGCGACUUACUCCGGGAGCGACUUAU